AUGCUGGACCCUCAUUCCCUACACAUCCAAUGGCAAUCUGCUCCAGGCCACCCUCUCAAGCCCGUUCCCCUGUCAAUCAAGGACAGCUGGAACCCUUAUUUCCGCCAGCCUCCCCUGAGCUUGGCAAAGUCUCUCUUGAGUGGGUCAUCUGCCUCCUUUGGGGACUCCAAGGUUUGCACCAAUGUCAAAAACAUCUCCCAGACAGUCAAUGUUGUCAAGGAUGGGCUUGCCCAACUCCAGCUUGCCUGGGGCCCCCACACCCCAGAAGAUCAAAAACCCCCUGCGGUUGAGGAAACUCCCAGGGCCGCGCCCAAAGCCAAGCCUAUUGGCAAGGCUCAACCCUUCCUUGGGGCCCCAGCCCCUAUCAUCUCCACAGGGGCCCCUAGACGCAACCCCCUUACCCUCUUCAACCCCUAUCCCUCCUUGUCUUUCCCUUUGGGACCGGCUCCAGCAACCCAAGGACCUCCACCAGCACCCCAAGUCACUCCGGCGCUGCCUCCAGCAGCCCCCUCCACUGUAAAAGUGGACCAUCCAGAUGCCUUUAAAGGCAAGAUUGGCUCAGAGGCCAAGCAAUGGCUAACACAAAUGUUAGCCUGGGUUUGCCUUAAUCAAAGGCAGUUCCCAUUGGACAUGGAGGUCCUAAGCUUCCUAUUGAUGAACAUGAUGGAAGCUGCUGGGGCCUGGGCCCAUCCCUACCUGGACCAACUUGGGUCCCAUUGCACCAUCAUCCAGACUGUGGAUGAUUUUAAAAUCAAGUUCCUGGCUGCCUUUGGCAACCCAGAUGCAACCAGAGCAGCAGACCAAUUUGCAUGUGGGCUUCACUGGGAGGUCCAAAAACAGAUUGCCACAAGGGAGAGGCAACCCUGCACCCUGAGGGAGCUGCAAGACACAGCCCUCAUCAUCAACAACGCCCUCCGCAAGGAGAGAGCCAGCCACCCGCAACAGGGUAUUAAGUCUGGUAAAUCUUCUUCCACCCCCAACCGGGGGGCAAGUACUGGCCAACAGGCCACAAAAACCAGUCCCCUCUCCUCCAAUCCCAACUACGUCUUGGAGGAAGAACGCAACUGCUGCUGCGCACAAGGCCCCUGUGUGAAAUGCAGAAAGCCAGGACACAAGUUUGCCAAGUGUAGAACCAGCUGGAAGGCAACCCCAAAGGAGGAUAAAGGGAAGCCAAAGGAAACCACCAAGAUUGGCAAAGACUCCAAGUACCAAUUGGGAAAAGAGUAA